AUGUUGAACUCACUACAGGUUGCAGCUGCCCCUCCUGCCAUCCCCACCUCAGUCCCUCUUCCCUCUCCCUUGGAAAUCAUAGUUUCCAACACGUUCCGAGACACAACAUGCUGCCUUGGGUGGUAUGGAUGGAUGGCAGUGGAAGUUUUGGAGAAUCUACCACAAAAAUGGGACGACUUAGAGGAUAGGAGCACAUGGAGCCGGGGCGAAGAUUGCCACAGCAUGGAUGCCGUGCGCUGUGAUGACGAUGGGCAUGUCAUUGCAAUCAGCACCGCCUCUCACGGGACUCUCAAAGCUUCCAUUCCGAAUGAACUGGGAAAUCUGCAGCAGCUCACCCGCCUUUCAGUGCACUUGGGCGGGGGGGGGGGGGGGGAUGCAGCAGGUGGGGGGGUUGGAGUGGGUGGGUGGGUAUGCCAAUUCCAGGAUGAGAGGAUGAGAGGGGGCAUGAGGAAGGAUGGAGCAAGAUGA